UUUGGUAACUGACAGGAAGCGGAAGCCGUGCGUGGGAGGCCGAUUCUAGUGCGCCUGCUUUGGCCGCGAAUCACCAGCCAGCCUCUGGGUCUGUAGUAACCGCCCAGCGUUGAGGCGCGGCUCAUGCCCCCAGUAUCCCGGUCCAGCUAUUCCGAGGACAUCGUGGGCUCUCGGAGAAGGCGACGCAGCUCCUCGGGGAGCCCACCAUCCCCGCAGAGCAGAUGUUCCUCUUGGGAUGGCUGUUCCCGCUGUCACUCCCGCGGCCGUGAGGGCCUCAGGCCUCCCUGGAGUGAGUCGUACGUGGGCGCUCUUUACCCCUUUAGUCUCUCUGGGUCGCGAGGGCGGCUCCCAAGAUUCCGCAACUACGCCUUCGCGUCCUCCUGGUCGACCUCGUAUAGUGGAUAUCGCUACCAUCGUCACUGCUAUGCAGAAGAACGGCAGUCAGCGGAAGACUACGAGAAGGAAGAGAGCUAUCGGCAGACGAGGCUGAAGGAGAGAGAGAGGAUUGGGGAGUUGGGAGCGCCUGAAGUGUGGGGGCCGUCUCCAAAGUUCCCUCAGCCAGAUUCUGACGAACAUACCCCAGUUGAGGAUGAAGAAGAGGUAACGCAUCAGAAAAGCAGCAGUUCAGAUUCCAACUCGGAGGAACAUAGGAAAAAGAAGACCAGUCGUUCAAGAAACAAGAAAAAAAGAAAGAAUACGUCGUCUAAAAGAAAGCAUAGGAAAUAUUCUGAUAGUGACAGUAACUCAGAGUCUGACACAAAUUCUAACUCUGAUGAUGAUAAAAAGAGAGUUAAAGCCAAGAAGAAAAAGAAGAAAAAGAAACACAAAACAAAGAAAAAGAAGAAUAAGAAGACCAAAAAAGAAUCCAGUGACUCAAGCUGUAAAGACUCAGAAGAGGACUUGUCAGAAGCUACCUGGAUGGAGCAGCCAAAUGUGGCAGAUACUAUGGAUUUAAUAGGGCCAGAAGCACCUAUAAAACAUACCUCUCAAGAUGAAAAACCUUUGAAGUAUGGCCAUGCUUUGCUUCCAGGUGAAGGUGCAGCUAUGGCUGAGUAUGUAAAAGCUGGAAAGCGAAUCCCACGAAGAGGUGAAAUUGGGUUGACAAGUGAAGAGAUCGGUUCUUUUGAAUGCUCAGGUUAUGUCAUGAGUGGUAGCAGGCAUCGCAGAAUGGAGUCUGUACGACUGCGUAAGGAGAACCAGAUCUACAGUGCUGAUGAGAAGAGAGCUCUUGCAUCCUUUAACCAAGAAGAGAGACGAAAGAGAGAAAAUAAGAUUUUAGCCAGUUUCCGAGAGAUAGUGUACAAAAAGACAAAAGGGAAAGAUGACAAGUAAGGACUUACUUGUUGCACAGCAGGACUUUUAACAACAAAAAUUUUAUGUGACCAAAAGUGUUAAAAGGCUUUACAGUGCUACUGUACUUACCAUAUUAGUAAGUCUCUCAGGGAAAAGCUUCUUUUGAGAUAUCUUUAGCAGCUUAUUUUUUGUUAUUUUAACUUUAAAAAGUAAUAUGUGCACAUGGUUUUAAAAAUAUUCAACCAUUAUAGGAGGAGAGUUAGUAAAAAGUGAAUCUUUCACUUUAGCCCCUGACACCUUUCCCCCCAAAAUAUAUAUUUUGGUGUCUUAUAUACAGAAGACACAUUCUGUGCAUAUACAAGAGUAUAUGUUGCAGCAUAAAGAUUAAAAGCUAUUAAAGUUUUUUUUCGCUGGUUACUCUUUUGCCAUUCAUUUGCCCCGGGGGGACCAAAAGAAGCCCAGAAAGAACAAAGGAUUCAAUCAAGUGUAUACUUCUACUUUCAGUUAAUAGACUGGCUUAGAAAAUAGAAAAGAUUUAGUGGCUCUUACAAAUGAAAAGUCUAAAGAAGGAUGGAUUUUCUGCAUGGCUUUAAUUGGACAUUGGCUUUCUUCUCCACUUUUUUUCCAAGGGUCAUUUUCCUUGGGCCGGUUUCCCUUAUAUAACAAAAAGGCUGCCAAAGCUCCUGAGUUUGGUUAUCUUUUUUCUGGUCCACCUCUGAAGAGAGAACAUUUCUUAGUUGCUAAUCCAAACAAGAAUCCAGAGAUUCACCAUAAUGGGAUAAGCUUGGGUCACAUGCCCACUCAAAACAAGUGUUGUUGCUUAGGAAAUAGAAUGGCUUAUCUGUGGAGUCAUAGACCAGUUAUAGAGGAAUGGAUUCUUGAAUGAAAAUCAGGGUAAUUUUGGGCAAGGGGGAUAGACAACCAUAGAUGCAUACUACAGUUUCGAAUGCUUUUUUAAAAAACGUAUAAUGAAAGUACAUGUGCUAAAAGUGAACAUUUUCUUGAAGAAAAACUUGGCUUCGACUAUUAGAAGUCAGAUUCUAAUUUAAGAGGAUAUAGGGUUUAUUCAUAAAAAGAGAUAUAAAAGAUGAAGAUCAGAGUGCUUGAGUAGAUUAGGGCCACCUAGACUAGCAAGAGAAAGAAAAAAUGAUAAGGUAUAAAGAAGAAGGCCCAGGCAUGAUGGCUUGCCUGUAAUCCCAGCACUUUCGGAGACUGAGGUGGGAGAAUUGCUUACGGCUAGGAGUUCAAGAGCAGCCUGAAUAACAGUGAGACCUAGUCACACACACACACACACACACACACACACACACACAUGUUAGGUUGUGAAGGGAAGACAAGGGUUAAAGAAAGACAUACACACAGAGGGCAGUUCAACAGGAAAUGCAGGCUUUAUGUCCAGCAUAACACCUACAGAGGUGGGGAACCAGCCUAAUGCCAGUGCCCACCACCGCUUACAGGCUGGGGUACUUAUAGGCCUAGGUGGGAGGGGUCUGGGCAGUAUGGCUUGCUGCUAUGUACUGCUAUGUGUUGGUAAGGUGUUCCCAUGAUGAGGCAGUUUGGCUCUUGUUCCCACAGAAUGUGAUGUUCCUUGCACUUUUUCCCAGCAGAAUAUGAUAAAAGGCAGGCUGUUUCUCACAGCCCGAACCUCCGUGGAAUGAUUCACUUUGAUCAAGGUCUGAGAAAUGGUGGGAGACUUACAAAAUGAUGCAGUUGGAACUAACAAGAGAGAAAGAACUAGAAGAAGAAUAAGGUAGUUGGCAGAACUCAUGAGGGGGAGACCAGAUCAGGAGGGACCACAAGGACAGGAGAAUUAGCAACGAGAGACUAGCUGGCACCAGUCUUGGGAAAACUUCAGAGUGAGCUCCAUUCAUGGUCUAUUAAAAGGCCUUUGUUGUCAUUCAGUGAUAUGUGCCUGGCCCCUGAGACUUUAAUUCAACACUAGCCAAACUAUCUCAUUUGGAUAACCCCCUUUUCAAAGUUCAAAAGACUGAUUAGCCCCCAGAGAACUGAAGGUGAGGAAAUGGGGUUCUAGAAUCUGGCAGGGAAGUGUGAUGUGGAAGGGCACAUUUACCCUUCCACAGGAUGUGACAUGGCUGAUACUGGACCACACCACCUUGAGAUUUUCGCCCAAGGGUGUUGUGGCAUAUUGGUGAUAGACAUGCUGUUACAUGUGCGUAUUUCCAUUUUUAGAACAAACUAUACCACAUGAUACACAUGGAUUGACACCUUGCUCUUUUCAAUUAAUACAUCCUGGAGAUGUUUUAUAUCAAUACAUAUGAAUCUUUCUUUCUUUUAGAUAACCUUGUAGUAUUCCAUUAUAUGAAAGCACCAUAUUUUGUUGGAUGGUUAAGAUGUUUUUCUGUAUUUUACUAUCACAGAGCACUAUAUUGAAAGCCUCUGUGGAUAUGUGACAGUAUAUCUGUAGCAUAUUCAACUAAAAAUAGAUGAAUAUUAGGUCAAAAAGAAUCCUUUUGGUCAUCUAGAAAUGCUAACCUCAAAAUAGAAUUAUUGAAACAAAGGGAAAAUAUCAGGUGCUUUCUAUGUAUUAGGCACUAUGGCUGGUACUGAGGAUAAACCAAGAAACAAGUUAGACUUGCUCCUUGCCAUCAUAGAAUUUUACAUUUUGCUGGGGGAGACAGACUUAUAAAAGCCAACAGACAAAAAUUACAAAUUACAGUAUGAUGUGAAAAAAGUAACGGGCUAGAGACAGAAUUGGGGGGAACUUUUUUGAUAUAGUGAUCAAGGAAAGACUAAGAAUGCCAGAUUUAAGCUCUGUGUGCUUUCAAAUUUUAGUAGAUAUUGCAACACCACCUUCUAUGUUUACACACUCACCAACAUCAUCACCAAUAUUGUAUUUUCAAACCUUUUGAUCUUUCCCAAUCUAAGGUGAAAAUGGCAUUUUAUUUGUAUUUAUUAUUAAAAGUAAGAUAGAGCAUCCUUUCAUAGAUGUAUUUACGAGUCUUUUGAAAUUCUUUUGUGUGUAUGUGAACUGCUCCUCUGAUAACCUUUGUCCACUCUUCUAUAGCGUUGUUGGUCUUUUUUCUUAACUGGUCAUAAAAACUCUUUAAUAAAUUAGAUCUUUAUCAAAUAUCUUGCAAA